AAAACUCCCCUACUAUAAAUUGCUUCCUAAGUCUUUGCAACUACAUCACAGUCAAAUUUAAGUAUCUUUCUUGCUAGAUCCAAACUCCUCUCAAAUUUCAACAUCUAGUCUCUUUCCUUUUGUAACACGAUUUCCUUACAGAAAUGGCAAUCCGUUUCCCUGCUGUACUCUCUAAUGCAAAGCAGAUUAUUACCAAACAUCAGCAAGUAGUUCCAAAAGGGCACAUCCCAGUUUAUGUCGGAGAACAAGCUGAUAAGAGGAGAUGUGUGGUGCCACUUUCUUACUUAGCCCACCCUGCAUUUCUAAACUUGCUACAGCGCACUGAAGAAGAGUUUGGGUUUAAUCAUCCUACUGGCGCUCUUACCAUUCUUUGCACUCAAGAAACGUUCUUCAGUUUAACUUCUGGACUUAAGUGCUAACUGAACAAGAUGAAAUACAACAUUUAAAAUUCAGAUGAUGUUUUACUAGCUGAUUAUUGUACUAACUUUUGUGGGUUCUUUAAGUUCUUUAUUCUUUUACUGCUAUCCAGGUAGAAUACUGUACAGAUAUAGUAACUUUUCUCCUCUUUCUGUGUCAUUCAGUAGGGUGGUACUCAAUAUCUAUAAAUACUUUGAUGCACUUUUAUGCA